AUGCCCGAUGGAGGACGGGGGAGCGGCGGGGUGGUUGAAGUCUUCGGGGCGGUGCUCACCCUCCUGUCCGUGGCCUCCAUCCUCUUCACCUUCCCCCUCUCAGCCUGGAUGUGUGCUAAGUCUUUAACUUUACUAAAAGUCAAUGGUUUGUGUCAAGUCAUUAAGGAGUAUGAGAGAGCCGUCAUCUUCAGACUGGGACGUGUUGUUAAAGGACGGGCCAAAGGACCCGGGCUCUUCUGGUUCAUCCCCUGGCUGGACGCCAUUGAGAAAGUGGACUUAUGGGCCGUCGCCUUCAACAUGGGGCCACAAGAGGUUCUGAACGUAGACAGGGUCCCAUUAAAGGUGGAUGCCGUUGUGUUUUACCGAGUGGUGGACCCCUCGCUCUGGGUGACCCGUGUUAGAAAUGGCUACCAGGCCACACACUCUGGCCCAGGCGACCUUGAGGGCCACGCUGGGCACACACACUCUGACAGACAUACUGUCACAGAGGUCAAGCAUCACAAAGAGAAUGGAAGAGGUGCUGUACUCUGUACAUCCAGACUGUGGGGCGUUCAGGUGCAGCGGGUGGAGCUGAAAGACUUGAGGCUUCCCAUCACCCUACAGCGCUGCAUGGCUUCAGAGGCCGAGGCCAUUAGGAAGGCCAGGGCCAUGAUGAUUCUUGCUGAAGGAGAAGCGAAGGCAUCUCGAGCUUUAAAGGAGGCGGCGUCCGGCCUCCCCCCUGUAGCCUCCGACUUCAGAUACCUGCAGUCUUUACCCUCCGUGCAGAGCAGCACCAACAUCGUGGUCUGCGCUCUCCCCACAGAGCUCCUCCACAUGUUCCUCUCCCAUCAGCCGCAGUGCUGCAGAUUCUCUGAAGGGAAGUAA